AUGAUCUCUCUCCUCGCGUUGGCCGCUGUGCCAAUUCCUGUCCUGUCCGCCCCGUCUAGACCUCACGCCCACAUCUCCGUCAAUACACAAACCCGCUUCCAGCAGGUCGACGGAUUCGGCUUCUCCGAGGCCUUCCAGCGCGCAGAGGACAUCUACGGCAAGGAUGGCUUGUCGCCCGAGAACCGCACCAGAGUGCUCGAUCUCCUGUUCAGCGACACCCAUGGCGCCGGCCUGACCAUCGUCCGCAAUGGCAUCGGCUCCAGCAAUAGCUCCAUCAAGGACUUCAUGAACUCCAUCGAGCCCUUCAGUCCCGGCUCGCCGUCUGCGCCGCCGCACUACGUCUGGGACCGCAACGACAGCGGCCAGGUGUGGCUGUCCCACGAAGCGGCCUCGUAUGGCGUCAACACGUUCUAUGCCGACGCCUGGUCUGCUCCCGGUUACAUGAAGACCAACGACGACGACUCCAACGGCGGGUACCUGUGCGGCGUGACCAACACGUCCUGCGCCUCCGGGGACUGGAAGCAGGCCUACGCCAACUACCUCGUCCAGUACGUCCGGUUCUACCAACAGGUCGGCAUCAAGGUCACCCACCUGGGUUUCCUGAACGAGCCCCAGGAAGACGUCACCUAUGCCAGCAUGCUGUCGGACGGCACCCAGGCGGCCGACUUCAUCAAAGUUCUAGCACCCACCGUCAAGGCGGCAGGACUCGACGUCAAGCUCACCUGCUGCGACGGCGUCGGGUGGGAGGAGCAGCGAGCGAUGCUGCCGGGCCUCCAGGCUGGAGGUCCCGAGCACAGCGCGGAAAGCUAUCUGUCUGUGAUCACCGCCCAUGGCUACAACUCCCCGCCCACAACGCCUCUUGAGACCUCGUUGCCAGUGUGGAUGACCGAGUGGGCCGAUCUGAAUGGGAACUAUACGGCCGCCUGGUACGAGAACGGCGCCGCCGGCGAGGGUCUGACCUGGGCGAACCGCAUCCAAGACGCCUUCACGCGGAGCAACGUCAGCGCCUUUCUGCACUGGAUCGGAGCGGAGAAUGGCACGAGCAACAGCCCUCUCAUCAACCUGAACGGCGAUUCGUAUGUCGCGACCAAGCGGCUGUGGGCGUUCGGCCAGUUCAGUCGAUUCGUCCGGCCGGGUGCCGUCCGCAUCGACGCGGUCAGUUCGGACUCCUUGGUCACGGUGAGCGCGUUCCAGAACAAGGAUAACGGCGUGGUGGCCACGCAGGCCAUCAACAAUGCCGACACAGACUAUGAGGUCGAGGUGGAGUUGACGGGUUAUGGACCCGUGUCCGUUAUCCAGCCGUAUCUGACGAACAAUGAAAACGACCUGGAAGCCUCCAAGCCGAUCAUCGCGCUUGCUGUUGGGGCAGCAACCAAGUUCACGAGUAUCGUUCCGGCGAGGUCCUUGGUUAGUUUCGUAAGUAAAUAG